UCAUCGCCGGAUUCCGACCAAUCCCCGCCGCCGCCGCCGGAUGAGGACGAGAAACUCCUGCGAUCAGCGGAGUCGUGGCUGCUCUGCAUGUGCCAAAACGGCCGCGCAUCGUGGGACUCCGACCCCGAAAGAGUCGCCCGUUUCUUACAGGAGUUCGGAAACGACAAGCUCGGCCUCAACAUUCCGAUCGACGUCGACGAAAUCAAGGGCCGCCUUCUCGUCAUGGACGACGAGAUAAAGAGACAGAGCAAAUCACUCUCCUCCUCCGAUGGCGGCGGCCGGCCGGCGGCGGCGGCGGGGAGGCGGCUGUUCAUAAGGAGGCAGCUGCAGAAGACGGACGUGGACGAGAAGCAGGGGAGGCUGUCGAUGCCGUGCAGCCAGGUGGACGAGGGGGUGCUGACGGCGGAGGAGGCGGCGGGGCUGCGGGCGGGGAUGAAGAUGGCGGCGAAGAUGGUGGACGGAGAAGGGAGGGAGUACGAUGUGAAUGUGAGGUGGACGAGAAUCGGGGUGAAGAGCAGCAACUACGCGAUCAGGAAGCCAUGGAACGAGAUCAAGAAGGAUAAUGGAUUCCGGGAAGGGAUGUUGGUGGAGGUUUGGGGUGUGAGAAGUGAGAGAGGAGACCUCUCUCUUUCCAUCUCAUGA